GAUGUACCAUAGGCUGCAGCACAGACUGCAGGACAGACAGAGCUGGUGGUGGCUUCAUCUCUGCAGCAGCAGCAGCAUCAUCUGACACCUCCAUUGUUAUACAUGUGCAUUGCCCAGCACAGGAGGCACACACAUCCCACCCAUUGCCCAGCACAGGAGGCACACACAUCCCACCUAUUUCCCAGCACAGGAGGCACACACAUCCCACCUAUUGCCCAGCAUAGGAGGCACACACAUCCCACCCAUUGCCCAGCACAUCUGCCUUUGCCUGUCACAGCGGGCACACAGAUAUACCCAUUGCCAGCACAGCAGGUACACGCAUCCCCCCAUUGCACGGAGGAAGAGGCAGAUGAACCCCUCCCCAGGCUACACCGCAUGCAGAUGAGCCCGCACAGCCGGCCGGACACCGCAGCCAUCCUCUCACAUCUGCAGCGUGCUCAUCUCUCCGUCCCCGGGGCAUCACCCACCCCAGCUCGGCUGUGAGGACUGGAUUUAGGGGCUACCCGGCUCACUGUGACCCCCUGCCUGCAGGAUUACCCUCAGCUCACUACUUGCGCCCCCACUCAGCUGCUGCAGCGCACUGUGCCCGGAGCAUCCUCACACCCCGACCAUGGCUGAGGCCAAUGAAUGCAGCAUCAAGGUCCUGUGCAGGUUUCGCCCAUUGAAUCAGUCGGAGGUGCAGAGAGGAGACAAAUACCUGCCCGUGUUCCAGGGCGAUGACGCUGUGAUCGUCGGGGGAAAACCCUAUGCGUUUGACCGCGUAUUCCCUCCAAACACGACUCAGGAGCAGGUCUACCAUGCCUGCGCAAUGCAGAUUGUUAAAGAUGUGCUGGCUGGAUACAAUGGGACCAUCUUUGCUUAUGGGCAAACUGCCUCGGGGAAGACCCACACCAUGGAGGGUAAGCUCCAUGAUCCGCAGCUAAUGGGGAUAAUACCCAGAAUCGCGAGGGACAUAUUCAACCACAUCUACUCCAUGGAUGAGAACCUGGAAUUCCAUAUCAAGGUUUCCUAUUUUGAGAUUUACUUGGAUAAAAUUAGAGACCUGCUGGAUGUAUCUAAAACAAACCUCUCUGUGCAUGAGGACAAGAACCGAGUUCCAUACGUCAAGGGCUGCACCGAGCGUUUUGUGUCCAGUCCAGAGGAGAUCCUGGAUGUGAUUGAUGAAGGAAAGUCCAAUCGCCAUGUUGCUGUCACAAACAUGAAUGAGCACAGUUCCCGUAGUCACAGCAUCUUCCUUAUCAAUAUCAAACAGGAGAAUGUGGAGACGGAGCAGAAGCUGAGUGGGAAGCUGUAUUUGGUUGACCUGGCAGGCAGUGAAAAGGUCAGUAAAACCGGAGCUGAAGGUUCUGUUCUGGAUGAAGCUAAGAACAUCAACAAAUCUCUAUCUGCCCUGGGAAAUGUCAUAUCCUCUCUGGCAGAAGGAGCGAAAGGAUACGUUCCCUACAGAGACAGCAAGAUGACCCGAAUCCUCCAAGACUCUUUGGGUGGGAACUGUAGGACAACCAUGUUCAUCUGCUGCUCCCCAUCCAGCUACAACGACGCAGAGACCAAGUCUACACUCAUGUUUGGCCAGAGGGCCAAGACCAUCAAGAAUACUGCAUCCGUCAACUUGGAGCUGACAGCUGAACAGUGGAAGAAGAAGUAUGAGAGGGAGAAGGAGAAGAACAAGACCAUGAAGGAGACCAUUGAAAAGUUGGAAGCUGAACUGAGUCGCUGGAGGAGUGGUGAGAACGUGCCUGAGACAGAGCAGCUGAGUGACGAGGAUCAGCUCAUACAGGACACCUGUGAUGAGACACCAGUCAAUGAUAAUAACUCUUCCAUCGUGAUCAGAAUCUCAGAAGAGGAGAGGAGGAAGUAUGAGGAGGAAAUCCGAAAGAUGUAUAAGCAGCUGGAUGACAAGGACGAUGAGAUCAACCAGCAGAGUCAGCUGGUAGAAAAGCUCAAGCAGCAAAUGCUGGAUCAAGAUGAGCUCUUAGUAUCCACCCGGGGAGACAAUGACAAGGUGCAGAUGGAACUGAGUCGCUUGCAGUCAGAGAAUGAUUGCGCCAAGGAAGAAGUGAAGGAGGUUCUGCAGGCUCUAGAGGAACUAGCUGUAAACUAUGAUCAAAAGUCCCAGGAAGUGGAGGAUAAAACUCUAGAGAACCAAAUCCUUGCUGAGGAGCUGUCCCAGAAAGUUGCCACUCUCCUUGCUCUGGAAAAUGAUUUACAUCGUCUGCAGGAGUACAGUACACAUCAACGUAAGCGGAUCGCAGAGGUUCUCAAUGGCCUUAUGAAAGACCUGAGUGAGUUCAGUGUCAUUGUGGGCAAUGGAGAAUUUAAACUGCCCAUAGAGAUCAGUGGUGCCAUAGAGGAAGAGUUCACCGUGGCACGCCUGUAUAUCAGUAAGAUCAAAUCUGAGGUGAAAUCAGUGGUUAAACGGUGUCGUCAGCUGGAGAACCUCCAGGUGGAAUGUCACCGUAAGAUGGAAGUGACUGGGCGAGAGCUGUCCUCAUGCCAGCUGCUUAUAUCACAGCAUGAGGCUAAGAUCAGAUCUCUGACGGAGUACAUGCACAGCGUGGAGCUGAAGAAACGGCAGCUAGAGGAGUCCUAUGACACGCUAAGUGAGGAGCUAACCAAGAUGCAAGCUCAAGAAAACAUAACAGAGGUAGCAGCGAAGGAUAAAGAGCUGGAUAUGAUGGAUGCUCGUGAGGUGAAGGUCCUGGAGAUGCAGAUGGAGAGCCACCGUGAGGCCCAUCAUAAGCAGCUGGCACGUCUCAGGGAUGAGAUUAAUGAGAAGCAGAAGAUCAUUGACGAGCUGAAAGAUCUGAACCAGAAACUGCAGCUGGAACUGGAGAAGCUGAGGGCUGACUAUGAGAAGCUGAAGAGUGAGGAACAUGAGAAGAGCAGCAAGCUGCAGGAACUGACAUUUCUAUACGAGAAGCACGAACAGUCCAAGCAGGAUCUUAAAGGGCUCGAGGAGACCGUUGCCCGUGAACUUCAGACCCUCCACAACCUUCGGAAGCUUUUUGUUCAAGACGUCACAUCUCGAGUCAAGAAAAGUGCUGAAAUGGAACCUGAGGACAGUGGGGGGAUUCAUUCCCAGAAACAGAAGAUUUCCUUUCUUGAGAACAACCUGGAGCAACUUACAAAGGUUCACAAACAGCUGGAUGACUGGGUUUCGAAGCUGGUUCGUGACAAUGCAGAUCUUCGUUGUGAGCUUCCUAAACUGGAAAAACGUCUUCGGGCUACGGCUGAGAGAGUUAAGGCCCUGGAGGGUGCACUGAAAGAGGCCAAGGAGGGUGCAAUGAAGGACAAGCGAAGGUACCAACAAGAGGUGGACCGCAUUAAGGAGGCUGUACGCUACAAGAACACAGUGAAACGCACACACACGGCACAAAUUGCCAAACCAAUCCGACCUGGACACUACCCUGCAUCUUCCCCCACCAAUUCCUAUGGAGUCCGUAGUUCCGAUUCACUUAGUUACACUAACAACAUUUUCCAGCAAUACCAAAAUAUGUACAUGCAUUCAUCCAGUCCUACCAAUGAUACAUUUUUCACCAACCCAUGUUCCACUGCAAGGAGCAGUUCUUCCACUAGCAGCUUGACUUCCUACCAGAAGAUGAAUGUGGAUAACGGCAAUGCUACAGACAUCAAUGAUAACAGAAGUGACUUGCCAUGUGGCUGCGAGGCUGAUGACCAGUCCCAGUUAUUUCCCCUUCAUCAGGAGACUGCAGCCAGCUAAUAACAUCGUUCACAAGUUAUCUCCUCUCACCUACACUUCAAGUCUCCGAAGGAACUGAAGCUUAUUCCCAGCAUGCUGCAAGUUAGCUUCAUGUGGCCUCUGCUGCCCAAACAUUAUCCUCCCUGUAUGACUCUCGCUCAGUGUCUUUCUACCGUGCUCUGUUAAUGUUCUGUAUACUAACAGCUGCUAAUGUUUAUUCUAUACCUUUGCAAUGCACUCAAUUAUGUACCCACUUGUGUUUUAAACUCAAUCCUCUAGAAAGAUUUAUUGUAUAUCUGUCGAAUCACACACUGUGUCAUUUACAUGGGGUUAGAAUUGUAUCAGAAGGCGUGGAAUAAAAGGUGACAAUUAAAAUAAAGUAAUGUUGUUUUUUCGGUGCUACGGCCUUGACAAUGUAGUGGGGUUUACAAGUUUGGAUGAUUAAAUAAUUUAAAGGGAAACUUUCAUUAAAAUGUAACUUUUAUCUGCUUAUUGAAGCAUGAUGUCCUUUGAAUGUGUGUGCUGUUCAAAAAGAUUGCAUAUGUACAAUACCAGCCGUCCACAGAGAGUAGUUAUUAAAAAUGAUUCAUUAUUAAUAGUGACCUCCAGGGCUGCCAUCAGAAAUUGUGGGGUCCAGUACAAAUGAAACAGGCAGCACCCCCGUGACUACCGCUGCAUGGUGGACACAGAUUGUGUAUCAUGUGGCUCAUUGUGUCCAUCACACUACUGAAAUGUAGCACAUGCCCCUCAGACCUACCGACAUGCCCUUCAGACUACACGAUAACCCUUUGAAGUAAGAAUAAUUAGUAAUGAUGACUUAGACAAGGAAGAUUGUGCUUACCCGAGAUCCUUUGGUUCAGUUAUGUGGCGUUGGACACGGUCAGGCCUCCGUUUGUUCACACCACUUCUGAACAUAGCUACCAACCAGAAGAGGAAGAUGGAAAGGCAUGAAGAGGGGUUAAGUGAAAGACGAGGGGGGAAUAAUCAUGGUGCAAGAAGAUUGUGGGUGCAUAUGUGAGAAGAAAGAGGCAAAAAAGAUGGAAUAAGGGGACAAAGGGAGACAUACACAUAGAGUGGGCAAAAUAAUAGGACAGACACCCAAAAUGUGGGGACUAGGGGGUAUAUUUACCAAAGGUCAAUUUCCAUCGAUUUAAAAAUGAUCUACAGUCAAUCAAUGUUGUUUUUCCAGGCCUAUAACACACAUUUACUAACAUUUAAAAAAAAUAUAUAAAUAUCAACUGUUAGUAAAUGUGUGUUUUAGCCCUUGAAACACAACACCAAUUUAGAUAUCCAUCUAUCGUAAAAUCAAUGAAAAUUGAUCUUUUGUUAAUAUCCCAGAGUUCAUGCAAACAAUUGGGGGGUGGGGGGGGGCUUAAAGACUACAACACGUGGGUAGGAAGCAGACACAAAAAUGUGGAGAAAAAAGCAAUAGGAGGAGAGGUGGUGACACACAUGGAGAGGCAAUAGUCCAUGACAAGGGGGCCUUCUGAGAGGUAGGGAUCAGCAGAGCAGUGAGACCUUCUGGGAGAGAGGUACCUGGGUACGUGCCUCCUCACCCACACACGCAUACCUUUAACAUGGCUCUGCUAAUCAAAAUCACAGUUUGCAUCUUGGAUUAUUGGUCAUGGCUAGCCAUCUUGUCAGUCCGGACCCCACACACCCCCUGUGUGACCUCCGAUCAAACAUUUGUGUAAUUUGGGAAAACAAUUGUACAACCAAAUGUGGUUAUAUUGUAAACAACAGUUUAAUUACUUUACAGCACAAAAAUCAAAAUAAUACUUAAUUGGGAAAAGUCAAUACAGUUAAGAUUAAAUCUAUUUAAUGAAACUUUCCCUUUAAAAAAGCAUGAUGCAAUGCACUAUUUUAUCUCCAUGUUAAAUAGAGGACAUCUGCAUCUUGAAUACAAAACAUUAUUUUUGUUUUAUUUUUUGAUUAUAAAAUAAUCAGAACAAUUUACAAUAAAGAUACUUCAACUGUA